AUGCCGGUGUGGGGUCUUACUUCGUCUGGCACAUUUACAGUUGAAUCCGCCACAUGGCUUGCCCAUAAUCUUGACCUUGAUGAUAAAUGGGAAAAUCUUUGGAUAUGGAAAUUAGAUAUCCCCCCUAAGCUCCAAAUCUUCUUGUGGCAAAUUCUUCAUAAUAGUCUAAGCGUUCGAGAUACACUUUACAAAAGAAAUGUAAUUCCUUUUAGUGAUUGUGGUCUAUGUAAUGUUCAUAGUGAAACAGAAAUUUAUCUUCCUUAUUUGGAGUAUUGGAAAGAGCGAAAUUCUAUAAUUUUCAGCCAAGAAUCCUUUGAUAUUCCUAGAAUUUUCCACCGAGCGCAAUUUGCGUUCAAUGAGUGGCACUACAGAAUUCUCACCGAUACCUUUUCUUCAUCGGGAUCUCCUAUUCGGAGAUCCUCAUCUUCUCCUUAUCAUUCUUCAACAAACACCAUCAUGGUUUUCUGGGAGGCCCCACCAACAAAUUUCUACAAACUCAAUUUUGACGGUUCAAUACUCAACAAGUCAGCAGCAGCAGGGAUUCUCAUCAGAGACAGUAGUGGGGCAGUUUUAGGAGCUCGCGCUUUCAACCUCGGCACCACCAAGGUUUUCAUAAUAGAGGCCAUCGCUCUUCAUAAAGGCAUUCUUCUAGCUCUUGAGCGUGGGAUCAAAAAUAUCAUAAUUGAAGGUGAUAAUCUUUUGGUAAUCAACUCCGUUAAUGGCAUCUAG